AGGCCAGGCUGGACCCCAAAGCCCUGCAGAGCCUCGUGGUGCUGAACGGACAGCGACUUCCUUUCUGCAGCCACGCCUCGCCGCUGUUGCAAUUCCCGGAUCGGUCGGCAGGGGGAAGCCUUCCCAAGUCUUGAGGAGGAAGAGGAGGAGGAGGAGGAGGAAGAAGAAGGCUCUCUGGAUGUCCCUGGCCAGGCAGCAUGCGCCCCGAGGCAGCCGAGAAGAAGGCAAGGCGGGCCAGGAAAGAUGAAGUGCUGCCAGGGAUGACCCCAGGGACCCCAUCCCAAUGGCGUCCUCGCAGCCCCUGGAACUGACUGUCUUGGGGAAUGGCCCAGGGUCCAGCCGCCGGACCCCAGAGGGGGAGACCUCAUCAUCUGCAUGGACAGCUCCCAGGCUGGGCAUUGAGAAUGCCUCUUACCAGGGGGAGGAGGAAGAGACCGAAACGUCCUUCCGGAGCGGUCAAGGUGCAGGAAGCAGGAGCACGGCGCUCUCCAGAGGAGACCUGUCUCCACGGUCGGAGGACGUCACUUUGUCGGACUCACCCGGGACCUCCGUAGACUAUGGCUUCAUCUUGGCUCUCAUCUUCUUGGUCGGAGGGAUUUUGCUGGUGAUUGUGGCCUACAGCAUCCCGCGGGAGGUUCAGGUCAACCCAGACUCUGUCUCUGCCAGGGAGAUGGAGCGGCUGGAGAUGUAUUACGCCCGCCUGGGCUCCCAUUUGGACAAGUGCAUCAUAGCAGGGCUGGGCCUGUUGACUUUGGGUGGGAUGCUUCUCUCCGUUCUCCUGAUGGUCUCCAUCUACAAAGGGGAGCUCUACCGGAGAAGGACAUUCCCGUCUUCCAGAGCUCCCCGAAAGACUUACGGAUCGAUAAACCUGAGGAUGAGGCAACUCAAUGGAGACGGGGGACAAAACUUGGUUGAGAAUGAGGUCGUUCAUGUGACGGAUGCUACCAAUGUUGGCCAGAGCUGCUAAUCUUUCUUCAUAAAUGGUGGGUCUCAAAGAGUCCUUUCUGGUUAAAAGCUUAUUUAAAAAGUCUGUAGGAUGGUGUUGUUCUCCUUCAUUUGCAGUUGGAUGGUUCAUUCACACUUAAGGAUAACUUUGUACCGCAAAGAAAUCAGAGAGGAAGAAGGUAUGGGAAUGUCACCUCUUCUAUGCUGGGAAGCUGUUUAAACCACAUCUCAGGCCAAACUACCCGGACACUUCUUCUCUCCUUAAAAAAAAGAAACUUGGGGGAAACCAAAUAUGGCUUUAGAUUUGAUGGGGGAAGUAGGAGCUUCUUAGGGACGCAUCAAGUCUAGAGAAGACAUGAGCUCCAAUCCCUCAAAAAGAAAUGUUUUCUGUGCUAUGUACAGUCCUGGGACAUUCCCCAUAUAUCCCUUGGUAGCUUUUUGACUGUUGCACAACCAAAUUGCCUACGCCGACGAUGCAGAGCCAAAGUCCCUUCUCUGAGGUCUUUGUGGACAUUAUUUCCAUACUUAUUUACUGGAGGCCUGGACAUUUGACCUAGGCGACUCUGUUUUUUGUUUGUUUUCCGCAGCCAACAAUGUCUUAGCAAUAGCUCCAGCUGGAAGAGAUGCAGAAUUUAACAUUGAAAAUAUUGAAAAUAUUGGAGGUCACCUCAUUUGUAUACGUUCCCUAGGUCUUGUUACAUUGUUCAUACCCUUUGUAUUUGUAGCACAUUCUGCAGACAUGACACCACGAGGGGAUAUCUCCACCCAAAGCAUCCAACAGGCACCAGCAAACCUGGCUCUGUAGUCUCACCUGUUGCACCCAAAUAUCUCCGUCUGUUCGGUGCCAAGAAGAAGGCAGCUACCUGUAUCAAAGAGCUGUCUGAUCAUUUGGUUUCUUCUUCAAUGCGCAGCUUGUUCAACCCAAUAAGUCACCUGCCUUUCGGCUUCGAAAGCCCCAGCUGCUGUUGCAGGAAGGAUAGAAUUACAUCUUGGAUGGUACGGAAGUAUGAAACAUUAAUGAAGGCCAGCAUGCGGCCGAUGGGAAGGGAAAAUGUGUCGACAGGCAGCUUCAAAAUGGAAAUGACUCAGAUGAAAGGUGACCUCUGAAAGGCAUGGCUGCCAGGAAAAGCAUCAAAACGGUUUCAAAAAAAACAGAAUGCUGCAAUGAGCCAAACCUUUCUUUUUUAAAACAAAACGUGCAGCCAUAUACCAGCAGAUUUUUUUCAUCACUUGAUAUUUGUCUUGUCAAAGAGUCAAAAAGAGACGUAUAUUGAAAUGCUGUACAGUUUGCUAAUAAGAAGAUUCGCUCAGGGUUGCUGUGAGUUUUCUGGGCUGUAUGGCCAUGUUCCAGAAGCAUUAUUUCCUGAUGUUUCGCCUGCAUCUAUGGCAUGCAUCCUCAGAGGUAAUGAGGUAUGUUGGAAACUAAUCAAGUGGGUUUUAUAUAUCUGUGGAAUGAUGUCCAGGGUGGGAAAAAGAAGUCUUGUCUGGUAAGAGGCAGGUGUGAAUGUUUCAAACUGGCCACCUCUCACCUCUGCAGGACCCUACCGUAUGCCAUUUAGUUGUAGACACAUCUGCAUAUAGGGAUCACCAAACACAGAGCCCACACAUGAAUCAAGGAUCAUGAAAGGCACUGCAGGCUAAUCCAACCAGAGAAGUCAGCCAUAGCGGAGCACUUGAUGAACCAACCUGGACACAACAGAUUAUUUGAGAACACAAAUGCUCGACCACUCUAGCAACCACUAUGCCAGACCACAUAGAGAAGCCAUUGAAACCCACAAGCAUGUGGACAAUUUCAGCAGAAAGGAGGAAACCAUGAAAAUGAACAAAAUCUGCCUACCAGCAUUUUAAAAAAAUUCUAAAAUCAGGACAGUAAAUAAAGAACAACACUCAGAAAACAGAGGAAUUCUAGACAUGAAUCAAUCAGGGACAGCUAACACCUCCCAACUGAAGAUUCCCCCAGGCAGUAAGCAGCCAGACCUCAAAAUUGAAAGGCUAUUCAAUGCUAAUCAAAGUGACCAGUUGCAACAUUCACACUUGCCUCAAAUAGACAAGAGUUCUUUCUCCCACCCUGAACAUUCCACAAAUAUAUAUAUAUACCCAACUUGACUAGUUUCUAACAUACUUCAUUACAGGGUUGUUGUAUGUUUUCCAGGCUGUAUGGCCAUGUUCUAGAAGUAUUCUCUCCUGACGUUUCGCCCACAUCUAUGGCAGGUAUCCUCAGAGGUUGUGAGCUCUGAAAACAGGAGUUCCAGACAUGGGAAUCAGGGGCAGCUAACGACUCUGAACAAAGGAUGCCACCAGGCAGGAAGAAGCCAGGAGAUGAAGCUAUUCAAUGCUAAUCAAGGUGAUUAAAACUUCACACUGGCCUCCAACUGACAAAGAGUUCUUCUCUCACCCUGGACUUUCCACAGAUAUAUAAACCUUCCUUGCUUAGUUUCUCCAUACCUCACAACCUCUGAGGAUGCCUGCCAUAGAUGUGGGCAAAACGUCAGGAGAGAAUACUUCUAGAACAUAGCCAUACAGCCCGGAAAACAUACAACACCCCUGUGAUCCCAGCCAUGAAAGCCUUCGACAAUACUUCAUUACCUCUGAGGAUGCCUGCCAAAGAUGUGGGUGAAAUGUCAGGAGAGAAUGCUUCUGGAACAAGGCCAUACAGCCUGGAAAACUCACAGCAACCCAGUGAUUCUGACCAUGAAAGCCUUUGACACAAGGUUUGCUCAUCUUUCAUUCUUUACCCCGGAUUCCCCUUUGGAAACUCCUGGAAUAUUUAAAUUGCUUAUAAUUGGGAAAUAGGGGGUAAAUAUUACUGGAAUGGUUGCUGCUUGCUUCAUGUUGGUGGAUUUGCUUUGGAUUUUAGUGGUAGCUUUAACGUUGCCAUCCAGAACAUGGGAGCUCAUCCCCAUCAUUGAAUGGCUUCCUUAAAAGUUCGUACUAAAACUCAAGACAAAUUCUGCAUCCCACUGAUAAAAAAGCAAGAAUGGGACAGGGAGGAAGAUGGGAAAUGGGGAUCAUAGGAAAUAAGAUUCUGAGCAAUAGUUAAUCUAAAUCAGGCCUGGAGAUCGAGGGGACUGUACCAUUCCAAACUACUGGUGUGGACUGUUCAUGUCUGAAGCCUUCUACUAACCCAGCCUUUCACUUUUUGUACUUGUCUUUAGAAAAACAACAGCAGCAGCAGCAACAACUGCGUAUAUGUUCUGUGUACACCUCGAGUGCCAUUCUAUCCUUGAUAAGGAACAGGUUUAAUAAAUAACAUGCUUUCAGAAAUGUAGCUCCUCACCUGCAGUUUAAAAUGGUGCAGUCUACUUUCUCAGGAUCCUACCAGCUCUUUCUGCAGCCCUGGGGAUGGAAAGCAGUUUUCCUUCUCCUCCCAAAUAUUCUAACUUUCCUACAUGUGCAAAAGUGAAGAUUUACAAGGUUCUCCUCUUCCUCCUGUAUUAUGUAUGUAUGUAUUAAACCCCAAUCUCUUUUAGCAGCCUCCUUAUCUGGAUUUCUUCACAGCACCUCUGGUUAGUGGCCUAAAUGUCUACUGAAAUUUUAACAUUGAAAUGGAAUGUUUUAAAUCGAACAUUGUAUAUAUAAAUAACCAUUUAAAAUGUG